AUGGCAUACCUGUUCAUUUGCGGCAUCCAAAGCGCAUCCCGCUUGCUGUUCAUCAUUUGGAACUUUAACGAGGACUUCUCAGGUGGCUUCCAGAUCGCAGCCAAGCGCAUCGGAAUGCUGGAAAGCUUCCGCGCAGGCAUUGCGUGGCUUUCGGUUACCUGCAGCUACCAGGGAUGGGACAUAAUCAAUAAGCAGGCAGUGCUGUUUGUCUCCUUGGUGACCUUGUUACUCCUCUUCAAGGCGCCUCAUUGCUAUUCCGCCUAUGUCUUGCCCAAAUCCAGCUUCCUCGAGGCUCUUCCAUCGCAGAAGACAUUCAUCCUGCUCAUGAUGUCCGAGAUGAUGAACUUCUUGGCCAUUUAUCCCUCGAUGAACUUCGAGCAUUGGUGGACCUUGAACGGCUGGAGCCCCACGGAGAUCGCCGGCUUUGCACUCUGCGUGGCGCUCCUGAGCCCGCUCGUGGUGUCCUUGGCCUUCUACGCCCUGCAGAGGAGAGCCCUUUGGGGUCCAUGGGUCACACGGGAUUUCACUUGCCUACUUCCACCUGGAGCAUUGCUGCGGGCCUUGGCACUUUGGGACUUGGGGUUCUUGAACCACCGAAGUCCAAGCUUUGUUGUGGCCAUCAUCGCAUCAGUGAUCGUGGAUGUGGCGCGGAACGCCACGGUGUGGUGUUCCAUCUUGGGCAUCCUGGGGAACAAGUGGUAUGCACUCAAGGGUGGCUAUUUGUGCAUGAUGGUGGUCACCAUGAGCUCGGCGCUGUCGCCCUACGUCACCGAUCGCCUCUCCGAGCUCUUCACCGGCGUGUCCUUGCUCAAGUCCUUCGACACCUUGCAGAUCUCCGGGUCUUCCGGAAGAUCCAUGGGACAGGCCAUCGCAUGGUCAGUGAUGCCACUCUCUGCUGGUGCCUACUUCUUCCAGCUCUUGGCGAUGCGAUACUUCAACUCUGACACUCUCAGCUACAAGGGGCACGGCGCCUGGACGGCGGAUGGCGUCGCCUUCGGCACGGAGGUGACCGCGGUGCGGAUCUCGGUGAAGGACAUGAAGAGGAAGCGCAGCAGAGCCAAAUUGCUAUGGAACAAUGAUAGUUUUGAUGUCUUCGGAGUGAACAGCAUCUUCCGAGUCUUUACCAACAAGUCACAGCUGUUCCUCGUCGAUAACGGGGUGUGGCCCAUUACGCAGGCUGCGGAAGAUGGGCAAACACUGGCAACAGCGGAGAACAAAUGUGCCAUCCUGGUCCAUUUGGUGCUGAAGACCUUCACCUUCGUGGCGCCAGGCGUCCCAACGCGUGGAGGGCAGCGAACUGACUUGCAGCCGCGCGUGCUGCUGCGAGCAGAGGAGAGUGAGCCGGAGCCAAAGGGAGACGAUGGGAAAGCGCUGGACGGUUCCUCUCCCGUGGGCCUGGUGGGUCAACUGGUGCUGAGCAUCGCGGUCUUGCCCUACGUGGCUUUGGCCAUCUACAGCUCCCUGCAGCUGGCCACCACGGGACAGGCCUUUGAACCCUUCCUUCAGAACAACGCCUUGACAACUACCGGAGUGGUGGGCAUCGGAGAAGGCGUUUCCGUGGUGGUGGUCUUUGGAAUGGUGCUGUGGUCGGUCCUCUCCUUCGUCUUCCGUCUCGGCUUGGGCUUGCCGGAAGGACCCUUAAACAUUCUGGGGCUCACGCAGUUCCUCUCAUAUGUGGCGGCCGCGCUUUUUGCUGGAGCCACCUUCUUGAACGGUCUGGGGGAGGAGAAUCCCGUGAAGGGGAUCUCCUUUAAAACCUUGACUUCUUCGCCCGAGAAGCUCAAUGUGGUGGCGGCGAAAGGAGCCAAGCUGUUGGACAAAGCGGAGAAGGAGGUGGAGAAGAUCACAGCAGAGCCCCGAGCGCAAUUGGAGGAGAAGCUGAAGGAAGUCGAGGAGCAAGCAUCUACUGAAUUCUCUAAAAGCCCUGUGGCCAAAUACACACCGGAUGUAAAGAUUCCUGGUGUGACGAUGCCGGACGUCAAAGUGCCCAAUAUGCCCGACAUCAAGUUGCCAGACAUCAAAACACCGGAGUUCAAAGCGCCGGACGUCAAAAUGCCCACCUUCAAUAUGCCGACCUUCAAGAUGCCGGAAUUGAAGCUGCCGGAACGCAAGGCCCCACCAGGGAAAGAAGCCGCACCGACUGAAGCAGCAGAGGAGGUGGCAGAGACAUCAAAGGAGGCCAGCAGCGACUUGUUCGAUUGA